AAUGAAACACUGUUGACGUAUGAACGCUGCAUGUAUAUUUAAAAAAUAAAUAUCGAACGAUCUCCUUUUAAAAUGACUGCGACCAGCUCGAAAGACGUUAUGAUAAUCGAAAACGAUGAUCGUCAAGAUGUCGAGGAAGACGAAAUCGUCGCUAUAGACUAUGAGCUGAGGCAGAUCGAGAACGAGAUACAGAAACUUGAAGAUCGUAAGAAAAUUCUUACUCAACGCAAGGAGAAACUACGGGACGAUGCACUUUUGAGGAAGAGUCUGUCCAUAUCGAAGAAGGAUUGGAACAAGGAAGACUUCAGCUGGUCGAGAGACCUGAAAAAGGCUUUAAAGGAUGUUUUUAAAAUAGAUAAACUAAGAGAGUUACAGCUGCCCACUAUGAAUGCGAUCAUGUCUAAUGAAGACGUUAUUUUAAUCAUGCCUACCGGUGGUGGUAAAAGCUUGUGCUACCAGCUACCUGCCGUUAUUAGUAAAGGCAUCACGAUAGUCGUAUCACCACUCGUUUCUCUAAUGGAAGAUCAGUUACACGGUUUGCAGAAAGUCAACGUGCAAGCCAGAAUGUUGAGUGCAAAAAGUGAUAAGGAAAAUGUAAAGACCGUGAUGAACGCGCUCUUGGAUAAGAAAUCAGAUAUAAAAUUAAUUUACGUAACUCCGGAAUACAUGGCAAAGUCAAAUCGUUUCAUGAGCAAGUUACAAAAAGCCUUUGAAACGAAGCGAUUAGACCGUUUCGCGAUAGACGAAGUUCAUUGCUGCAGCCAAUGGGGCCACGAUUUCCGACCCGAUUACAAGUUCCUGGGAAUCUUAAAGUCUAUGUUCCCAGGUGUACCGAUUCUAGGUUUAACGGCCACGGCUCCCGCUAAAAUCAUAGUGGACGUUCAAAAAAUGUUAGACAUUCAAGGCUGUUUAGUUCUGAGGGCGACUUUCAACAGGCCGAAUCUGUAUUACGAGGUUCGCCGUAAACCGGCGGACAAAGACACGUGCUUAGAUAUGAUAGAGAAUUUGUUAAAGAACAGGUUCAAGGAUAAGUCUGGAAUAAUUUACACGACCACGAUCAAAGACGCGGAACAAUUGACCAGAUAUCUGAGAGCGCUGGGCAUAAAAGUCGGGUGUUACCACGCGAUGUUGGAAGCAGACUACAGAUCCGAAGUGUAUUCGAAAUGGAUAUCUGGGAAAUACCAGGCUGUGGUUGCCACCAUCGCUUUCGGAUUAGGCAUCGAUAAACCGGACGUGAGGUUCGUCAUUCACCACUGCGUCUCGAAAUCGAUGGAGAAUUUCUAUCAGGAAAGCGGUCGCGCGGGCAGAGACGGGAAGAAGUCGGCGUGCAUAGUACUGUUCAGGCUACCGGAUGUCUUUAAAUUGAGCACGAUGGUGUUUCAAGAUAAGGUCGGCUUGCAGAAUUUAUACAAGAUGCUGGCGUACUGUUUAGAUCAAACAUCGUGCAGGCGUAGUUUGAUCGCAAGUCACUUCGAGGAAAGUUGGACUCGUACCGAUUGCGCCGAGAUGUGCGAUCAUUGCAAGAAACCGAAAAAAGAGAAACAGGUGGACGUCGCUCCGUAUUGCAGACAGUUGUACGAAAUUUUGACGAAAGCGGUACAGAGCGAGACGAGAUUGACCGCGUUGAAGCUGCUGGAUGCUUGGUACGGCAAGGGCGCGUCGGCGUUACGCGUUUCCUCUGUGCCAACGCCGAAAUUCACGAGGGAAUCGGGGGAAGCUAUAGUAGGAUAUUUAGUCGUCAAUGGUUACUUGCAAGAAGAUUUCCAUUUCUCCGCGUACUCCACGAUAUCGUAUUUAAAACGCGGGCCCAAAGCAGCGUUGGCGCUCGACAAGGCUCAUCAGAUACUCUUUAAUUACGAAUUGCACUGA